UACAUGAUGGGGUACAAUUUGGUGUUCAUUGGUGUGUUCUGGUGGAGUUCAAUGGUUAGUCACAAUGGAUUAGCCAUGAUGGAUGCCGAGAAGUUGACGAGCUCCUCAGGCUCACCUAAUUAUGAUUAUGCAGAUGCUCUUGGCAAAGCCAUUUUGUUUUUUGAAGGACAACGCUCAGGAAAGUUGCCGUCAAACCAAAGAGUGAAGUGGAGGGAAGACUCCGCUCUCUCUGAUGGCAAACUUCAGAACGUGAAUUUGAUUGGAGGGUACUACGAUGCUGGUGAUAACGUCAAGUUUGGAUGGCCGAUGGCAUUUGCUACGAGCUUAUUGAGUUGGGCUGCUGUAGAGUAUGAGAGUGAGAUAUCUUCGGUGAACCAGCUUGGUUAUCUCCAAAGUGCUAUCCGUUGGGGUACAGAUUUCAUACUCAGGGCCCAUACUUCCCCAACCACCCUCUAUACACAGGUUGGAGAUGGGAACGCUGAUCACAACUGUUGGGAGCGACCAGAAGACAUGGAUACACCAAGGACAGUGUAUAAGAUAGAUGCGAAUUCUCCAGGAACUGAAGCCGCAGCUGAGUCUGCUGCUGCUCUUUCUGCCGCUUCAAUUGUAUUCAGGAAAAUAGAUGCCAAGUAUUCCUCCACGCUAUUAAGCCAUUCAAAAUCACUGUUUGAUUUUGCAGACAAGAACAGAGGUUCUUAUUCCGGUUCUUGCCCAUUCUAUUGCUCGUACUCGGGUUACCAGGAUGAACUGCUAUGGGCGGCUGCUUGGUUGUACAAGGCAAGUGGAGAAAGCAAGUAUCUGACCUACAUCAUAGGUAACCAAGGAUCGAGCCAGGCAGUGUCUGAAUUCAGCUGGGAUAACAAAUUUGUUGGGGCUCAGACAUUACUAACCGAGGAAUUCUACGGUGGAAAGAAAGAACUGACCAAGAUUAAGAGUGACGCUGAGUCAUUUAUAUGCUCUGUGAUGCCAGGAAGUAGCUCUCGACAGAUUAAAACAACUCCUGGUGGUCUUCUGUUUACUAGAGAUAGUAGCAAUUUGCAAUAUACCACGAGCUCGACCAUGGUGCUGUUCAUUUUUUCUAGAAUCUUAAACAGAAAUCACAUCAACGGAAUCAAUUGUGGCUCCGCGCAUUUCACACCGUCUCAAAUUAGAGCCUUUGCGAAAACACAGGUGGACUACAUAUUAGGAAGCAAUCCGAUGAAGAUGUCGUAUAUGGUGGGAUUUGGCAGCAAAUACCCAAAGCAAUUACAUCACAGAGCCUCGUCCAUACCUUCAAUCAAAGUUCAUCCGGCGAAGUUGGGUUGCAAUGGUGGUCUAUCAGAUUAUUACAAUUCUCCUAAUCCAAAUCCCAAUACUCAUGUGGGUGCCAUUGUUGGAGGCCCCGAUUCAAAUGACCAUUUCAAUGAUGCAAGAUCUGACUAUUCCCACACCGAGCCUACCACGUACAUGAAUGCUGCUUUCGUCGCUUCAGUGUCUGCUUUGCUUGCCAAAACCUAAACUCCAAAUUCAAGAUUCAUAGAAAUUUAUACAUUUAAAUAAUUGCAAAGGUAUUUUAGAUUCAAAUCACCCUAUCAUUGUACUAUUGUCAUUCACUAACAAAAUAAAUGGAAAUUACACUUUUA